AUGUUUAGAGAUACAGAAUUUGGCCCUCCGACAUCCAUCAUCGGCCUAGUCGUGCGUUUCUACAACGGCUUUCUACUUCUUGUAGCUUCGCUAGCGGUCCUAUCACUGGGCUUCACAAUGUUUGGUCUAUCGCAAGCAGACGGACUGAGCGGCCCAGCGCUCGCGGCAGCGGCUCUACUAACCAGUGCCGCCAUUACCGCCAUCGCUACCGCCGUCAUCAUUGGCAUCCUUCAAUUCAUGUCCCGGUCCGUAAACGGUCGAUACGAGAGGUCAGACCUCAUCAUGUCUUGGGUACCUCUGUUCUUGUUUGAUGUCUUCAUGCUGGAAGCCAUAGCUGUCAGAUAUUAA